GAAUCAGAUAUCGACACCGCAGACUGCUUCUCGUCCAGCUGGUUUACUCACCGUUUGUCUGCUUUGCUGUUCCUGCUUCUCGGCCUGGAAGCCAAUUGACCGCGCACCCGCCUCCACUGCCUCCAUCCAUCCGCUCCCCUCCGGCGCCGCACCUCCUCCUCACCACCACCACCCACUCUUUCUCCUCUCCACCACCACCACCACAGAAAUGAGCUCCUACUCCCGCGGCCCCGAAUACUUCCAACCCCGCAACCGCCUCUCGAACCCGACGCCAAGCGCGGUCCUGCGCUCCCGCACCGGCCGCAAGAUCAUAAUCUACUUCCUCGCGCUCGCCGUCGUCUGCAUCUUCAUCUACUUCUCCUUCAAGGACACGCGCGAGGUGCAGCAGACCGAGCGGGAACUUGCCGAGCGGUUUGCGAACUCAAGAGUUUACCAGUCGGGCGGGAAUGCCGUCGACCCGAAUUCGCCGGUUGGGGAUGAGACGGUUGAGGAUUUUCCGCAGGCGGAGGAACCGGUGGUGAAUAAAAAGGCUGUACAUGAUAGUGCUGCGGUCGCGAAGGAUAUAGGCGAGGACGCCUAGUCUGCUUGCUGUUGUUGUUUGUUACGAUCCUUGUUUGUUUUUACGAUGGUUGUUUGAGUUAUGUAUGGUUUAAUGUGGUUUAUGUCAAUCAUGCCGAGUCUAGAUAGUAUCUAGACCUCUCUCCGACGAAAAUACGAGCCAUGAUCGAGCAGGGUACUAUCCUCCACUCUCUAUAAUAGAAAAG